CACAAGUAAGGGGCUGCUGCUGUGUUUAAAUUAAUGUCAACCUGCCUCCUCGCCGGGAGAACAAACCCAGCGCAGAUAGCGAAAGUACGUGCUCAGCGCAACCUGCGAGCCACUGUACAGAUAUUAACAUGACUCGGCGGCCCAGAAACAGUGUUUACAGUAGUGAGGAGGAUGAGGAGGAGACUGAGAUGUAUGAACAUGAUUAUGAUGGAUCAUUGGCCAAGGCAGGAAAACGCCACCUUGGCAAAACACGCUGGACACGAGAAGAGGACGAGAAAUUAAAGAAACUCGUUGAGCUUCAUGGAUCAGAGGACUGGAAACUCAUUGCAAGCUUAUUAACUAAUCGUACAGAUGUGCAGUGCCAGCAUAGGUGGCAGAAGGUUCUUAAUCCAGAACUCAUCAAAGGGCCAUGGACCAAAGAGGAGGACCAGAGGGUAAUUGAGCUGGUCCAGAAGUAUGGUGCCAAGCGCUGGUCAGUGAUCGCCAAGCACCUGAAGGGCCGCAUUGGCAAGCAGUGCCGUGAGCGUUGGCACAACCACCUGAACCCAGAGGUGAAGAAGACAUCAUGGACUGAGGAGGAGGACCGGAUCAUCUACCAGGCACACGAGAAACUGGGCAACCGCUGGGCUGAAAUCGCUAAGCUGCUCCCUGGCAGGACUGACAAUGCGAUAAAGAACCACUGGAACUCCACUAUGAGGAGAAAGGUGGAGCAGGAGGGCUAUCUCCAGGGUACAUCAAAGAACAACAACUCCUCACUCUCCAUCAACCAUGGCUACGUCAAGACCAACAACCCCAUCAUGAGUUUCCCCCACCACUCACCCAGUCACGUGCAGCUGCCUCCCUUGUCACCACAUAACUACACCUACAUCACCAACCUUCACCGAGUACCGUUCCCCAUGGCUUUCAACAUCACAAACAUUCCCCAGCAUGGAACUGCUGCUAUACAGAGACACUAUAAUGAGGAGGACCCAGAGAAGGAGCAGAGGGUGAAAGAGAUCGAACGGCUGCUCAUGUCAACAGAAGAUGAGCUUAGAGGCCAGCCAUCACUACCAAUGAAUUUGUCCUAUCCCUGCUGGCCCAGCCAGAGCUCUUUGACCAACAGCUCAGAAGGUGUGCCAGUGUUAUUACCUCAUCACCAGGUAGCAGCCCCUGCCCUGCCUCUCGACCAGAGCUGCCUACCUGAGGAGAGCGCCUCUGCAACACGUGCUCACAACAGUGACAGCUGCAACAAUAACAACAAUAACAGCAACAGCCAUCACAACAGUCCAACAUUCUCAAAUACUAUUCCGGAGUUUGUGGAAUCCGUCAUUGAUUCAAGCCUCUCCUCAGUGGAUGAGGCCACUACUGGUGAGCUCUUGGAUAGGAGCGUUCUCAGAACAGACAGGGUCUUGCCCAAUCAGGGUUCAAGAACCGCUCAUGGAGCAUGGGCUGGUUUCAUCUGCUCAACUCCUUCAAAGCCUUCACCAGGCAGAAACCUACCCUUUUCACCCUCACAGUUUCUCAACCAGUCAAUGAGCUCAGAACACUCCGACAACGACAGUUUACCGCUGAGCUCGCCUGUGGACUCCAAGCCUCUGAUCAACCACACUGUUAGGCCCCAGAAAGAGAAUGAAAUGUUCAGAACUCCAAACAUUAGUCGUUCAAUCAUGGAGUCAUCUCCUUGCACACCCACGCCUUUCAAGUCAGCCGUGGCCCUGCAAGAGGCCAAGUAUGGACCCCUCAAACUACUGAAUGUCUCUUUGGAGCAGCAGAUGGUAGAGUCCAUCAAGCAGGAGCCAAUGGAAUGUGCCAUUGAGCAGCCUCCUCUGAAGAAGAUAAAGCAAGAGGUGGAGUCCCCAUGUGAGAGGAGCCCAUGUAUGCAGUGGGAAGGACAAGACCUUCACACCCAGCUCUUCUCCCCAAAUGGCCCAGCUCAGGAAGUACCUGACCUACUUACUAGCUCAUUAUUGAGUGAAGAUGGACUCAAAGCCUACCACCUCCCUCGCAGAGGCAUGGGCAGCCCACUACAGCUCAGUUCCUGGGAACAGGCAACCUGCGGGAAAACGGAGGAGCACGUUUUGGCCUCGGAGCAGAGCCACAAGUACAUCAACACUUACCCUACGAGGACACUGGUCAUGUAGACACACGCAUGUUGUCUACAUGCAUGGAAAACAUCAACAAUCCCUGCGCUGGAUGCGGCGUCGUGGGUUACAUAUUUGUUGUGGUACAACAGUUGGGAGAGGCUCUAUGCCAUUGGUGUUUUUACACUCACACUUGUUGGAUUUCAACCAACCAAAGACUAUACUUUUUUUUUGUUUUGUUUUUUUUUUGUUUGUUUUUGAAAUCUUUUAUAUAGAAUUUGCUUUUGAUUUUUAGAAAUGUACGUCCUAUCACUUUUGGUCUCGUCAGUGUAUUAUUAUCAAUGUUGUAUUAUAAAUGGGAAACGGUGGCUACAUAAUUUGCAUUUGGGCUGUAUUAUUAAUUCUGAAUUUUGAUAUUAAUAUAAAGAACAAGUUGAUUAAUUUAUUUCUUUUUCUUUGAUGAUGACUUUAUUGUUACUUGUUUUGUUUUUUGUUUUUUACAAUUGGCCAUUGGAGCAGUGUUUUAAGUUAAGUAUUUAAGCCCUUUAGCAUUAUCAUGAAUCCAAAGGCAUAUUAAUUAAUUCAAAACUGACCUCUGUGUGUCAUGAAAGUUUUCUGUUUCCUUUUUUUUCUUUUUUUUUUCUUUUUUUUUUUACAGGCUUUACAGGCUAGAAUGGGUCUACUGAGAAUUUCAAGUGUUUGUUCUGUGCCACCUCAUGUAAACACUUAACUAUUGAACAGGAGCAGCUACUUCUGUUCUUGCAUUCAACUAUGAAUUGUCAUGUUUUACACAGCAGAAGGGGCCAACCUUAUUAGUAUUACCUGGUUACUAUAUUGGCACCUUUAUUUCAUAAAAAUUGAGUUUUCAUUUCAACUUUCAGUUUAUUUCUGGCCCUAUGUGGCAAAACAAUCUAUGAACAAACAUUAUAUGUCUUAGUUAGUUUAGUUUAAGUACAUAUAUAUAUUGUAUAUUUAUACAUUUAAAAAUCUCAAAUGAGCUUAUAUGUUUGAAACCAUGAGCUUCACCCAGUAAGAGUAAGGCCAAGCUGCACUUGAAUUUUAUAUUCUCCAUAAAACGUGAGAGUACUAAACACUGAUAUUUUAUAUUAUGCUACAAACAAAAGCCCAGUUGAACCUUUUGUAUGUUUGCUGUUUUUACAUUUCUUUGAAUAGGUUUGUAUUGUUUUGUAACGCAUAAUCAAUCAGCAUUUUGUUUUCUUACUAAGACUGCUGUAGACCAUGUCAAACACUUAGCGGACAAUCUUUUUAUAUGUGAAAUGCCUUGUUUUUAUACUAGCUUUUGAGCAGAAAAAUAAUUUUAUAAAAGCAUUUAUACAUGCCAAGUUUUUAUACUUUUAUAUACUGCCUAGUAAAUAAAGUGUGUUUUUUUUUU